CGCACUUUCAUCCACCGGCUGCCUGUCUUCCUUCCGGCCGGGUCCUCUCAAAUAAGCUUCAGAGGAAAGCUGUGCAGCUGAAUUAAUGGGGCAGCUGUUUGCUGAUGUUUUUUGGGGGAAAUCGUUCGCCAAUUUAUAAAUGGUGGGCGUAGAACACUAGCAGGGCGCCGGCACCUGUAUUAUUGCCUUCUGCUUCGCUGGCUAAUAGUUAUCUAUGAGUGACUUCCCAAUCCUAUGUGUGUGCACCAUCUGCAAGCAAAGGCAGCCCCCUCCCCCUUAUUGGUAGUGAUUUUAUUUUUAUUUAUUUUACAUUCUUUUUACUAACCCUUUGGAUUAACUGGCCUUGUGUCCUGGUGGUGGCGACCGCACGUGGAAUUGGCGCAGCGCCCUUUUAAAAGGGAGGCAAAGUGUCUAGAAGAAGAUUGAUGUCCAUUUUUCCCUUUCUACUGGUUGUCUUGUUUGGAUUCAGUAUGGCACAGCUACACGUAGGAGUUCCGGAUGAAAAAGAAAAGACAACAGCCUUAAAAGAUCUUCUCUCCAGAAUAGAUUUGGAUGAACUGAUGAAAAAAGACGAGCCACCUCUUGAAUUUCCAGACACGCUGGAAGGCUUUGAAUAUGCUUUCAAUGAAAAUGGACAGCUUAGACAUAUAAAAACUGGAGAACCAUUUGUCUUCAACUAUCGGGAAGAUUUGCAUAGGUGGAAUCAAAAGCGAUAUGAAGCUCUAGGAGAGAUUAUAACAAAGCAUGUUUACGAGUUAUUGGAAAAUGACUGUAAUUUGCAAAAAGUAUAUUUACCGAUAGAUGCUACUGAAAGUGAACCAAAAAGUUUUAUUUUCAUGAGCAAGGAUUCUAUGACAAAUCCAGACAAAAUGUUGGUUUUGAUCCAUGGCAGUGGAGUGGUAAGGGCUGGACAGUGGGCACGAAGACUCAUAAUAAAUGAGGACAUAAACAGUGGUACACAAAUCCCUUACAUCAAAAGAGCAAUUAAAGAAGGUUAUGCAGUUAUCGUGCUGAAUCCAAAUGAAAAUUAUAUUGAAGUGGAGAAGAGUAAACCAUUGGCACAGCAGCCGUCCCCAGACAGCUCAGAUGAGCCCGCUGAGAAAAGGGAGAGGAGAGAGAGAAUUCCAAAAGACAACAAGAAAAAGAGAGACUUCUAUGAAAAAUAUCGAAACCCCCAGAAAGAGAAGGAGACUCUGCAGUUGUACAUACGGGAAAAUGGCACCCCAGAGGAACAUGCAUUAUAUGUGUGGGAUAACUUCAUUUCAAAAGCAUCUGCAGAAAAUGUGUUUUUUGUGGCACACAGCUACGGUGGACUUGCAUUUGUGGAGCUGAUGAUUCAGCGUGAAGCUGAUGUGAAAAGUAAGGUCGCCGCUGUAGCUCUGACAGACUCUGUUCACAAUGUGUGGCAUCAGGAAGCCAAUAAAACGAUCCGAGAAUGGAUGAGAGAGAACUGCUGCAACUGGGUAUCCAGCUCUGAACCAUUGGACACUUCUGUGGAAUCUAUGCUGCCGGACUGCCCCCGUGUCUCUGCAGGCACCGAACGCCAUGAGCUGACCUCGUGGAAAAGCUUCAACUCCAUAUUCAGGUUCUUCAAGGAAGCUUUGGAAGCCAAGAACACAAAAAGCAAGACAGUAUCUACCAGACGCUCCAACAGAAGAAAGAGUGAUGAAUUUUAAAGAAAAGAAAAUUGUACAGAUUCUGCCCAGCUCCCUCACCACAAUGGUUUUUAUUCUAGUCCCUCAGCCCUUCAUUAGAUUGUUUUCCUCCUAGAGCACAUGGUCAUGAUGUAUACAUUUAAAUAGCGUUUUACAUUAUUUCUAGAUGAGUGCAACUGUCAAAGCAAUAUGGAUUCACUGGUUGUGCUUCCUGUGGUCUGCUGCUAUGAUUUCGUGCUGCCCAUCACAGCACAGAUUAAGGCUGACAGCAGAGCUGCACAGUACAGCAUGGUGCAAGUCUAAUUGCCCUGACAUCGCCCUACACUUUAAGUUGAUGCCAUAGCUUGUCUGCUAUUUCACUGCCCUGGGCCCAUUCACUCAUCUUACCUCUGUGGCCCUACCUGCUUAACUCCUGCUAUGCCAAGCAAGAAAUUGAAGGCCUUCACUGCGUGAAAGAAAAACAGUUUAACCUUCGUUUCCUUUUAUUUUAGUUCCGUU